CUCGACCAUUAAUGUGCCCUACAGACGGCUUCGUUGCUGCGCAAGCUUCUACACACAACUCACUCCAGCGGUACUGCUUUUCUCCAUACUCUACAGUAGCCGAGGCAUGUUAGUCUUCGUGGAUAGAAGCCGCAGGUGGCUUCUUUGUGCGAUGUAAUCAAGAGGGAGCAAGCGGUGUAAGGAUCAUAUCGCCACAGCUCACAGGCAAACUUGUUCCUGUCAAUUCAAGCAUGCACUGACAAGUAGAUGCUCUCUCUCUCUCUCUGUUGCUGUAACUGGACGAGGUAACACGUUUCGGAUGCAACGACGAUGAAGUGGUUCGGAAUUGGUGAAACAGAUAAGUUGGAAAUAUUGGAUUAGAUAUAGCGAGUUCCGAUGAAAUAGUUGAAGAGGAAAAAAGGAAUUAUAUUCUGCUUGUAAUAGAUUUAAACUCUUCACAUUAGCUAUCCCUUCUGAGCAAGAAGAGUAGGGCUUUUUUCCGAAACUUCCUCUGUUUUUUACUCGAUUGCGAACUCUUUGUUCGAUCACGAACAAAGUAGAAAAAUAGGAAGAAAAAGGGAAAGGUUCGAGCUUAUAAAACGAAGCAAAGGAUCCAACUUUUCUUUUUUCUUUUUUUUUCUCACCCGGAUUUCUUCUCUUCCGAAGCUAUCAAAUGCAAUGACCGAGGAGGAAGGAAAAGAAUAACUAAUCUGAAUACGAAAAAGGAAGAUAGCAUCCGACUCGAUCAUUUUCCCUUGCUGCCUCUGGUCCAGGCACCGUUGAUAAGGGCCAAAGGUCUCAUCUUUGGUUUGAUUCGUUCAGCUUACUGAGGUGAGCGACGAUGCGCAGGUUCCGCGGAAGGCUGCACUCCUUGUUGAACAACCGAUGGCUGGUGUUUGUAGCGGCAAUGUGGAUGCAGUCUUGGGCAGGGAUCGGCUACCUGUUCGGCAGCAUCUCACCGGUGAUAAAGAGCUCCCUGGGAUACAACCAGCGCCAGAUCGCCGGCCUAGGAGUGGCCAAGGACCUCGGUGACAGCGUCGGGUUCCUGGCCGGCACCCUCUGCGAGGUCCUGCCCCUCUGGGCUGCUCUGCUCAUCGGCGCGCUGCAGAAUCUGAUCGGUUACGGAUUGGUUUGGCUCGUCGUGACAGGGCGAGUGCCGGCUUUGCCUCUGUGGGUGAUGUGCAUCCUCAUCUUUGUUGGCAACAAUGGGGAGACGUACUACAAUACUGCUGCUCUAGUUUCUUGUGUGCAGAACUUCCCCAAGAACAGGGGACCCGUCGUGGGCAUUCUGAAGGGAUUUGCAGGCCUCAGUGGUGCCAUUAUAACCCAAAUCUACGCCAUCGUAUACACACCGGAUCACGCGGCUCUGAUCUUUAUGCUCGCAGUUGGGCCAGCCAUGGUGGUGAUCGCCUUGAUGUUCAUCGUUAGACCUGUUGGAGGCCACAAACAAGUGCGGUCUUCCGAUGCUUCGAGCUUCACCUUCAUCUACAGUGUCUGCUUGCUCCUCGCUGCUUAUUUAAUGGGUGUCAUGCUGCUCGAGGAUAUGGUUGACUUGAGCCCAGCUGUUACGAUCUUGCUUACACUCAUACUGCUCUCUGUUCUCACAGUCCCUGUUGCAAUACCUGUGCUCAUGACCUUCUAUCCCGACGAACCUGACCUCGCUCGUGAGUGUCUCUUACCAGAGCAUCAGAAAGGAGAAAGAGAUGGAUCAGAUAGGCCUUCAGAGGUAAUCUUGAGUGAGGUGGAAGACGAGAAGCCCAUGGAAGUCGACUCGCUCCCUGAAUCGGAGAGGCAGAAGCGAAUCGUGCAGCUACAGGCAAGGCUUUUCCAAGCUGCAGCAGAAGGAGCCGUGAGGGUGAGAAGGAGAAGAGGUCCGCACAGGGGGGAGGACUUCACCCUGUUGCAAGCACUGAUCAAAGCAGACUUUUGGCUGCUAUUUUUCUCUCUGUUGUUGGGGUCAGGAUCCGGGUUGACGGUGAUCGAUAACCUGGGGCAGAUGAGCCAGUCUCUGGGGUACGAGGACACUCACAUCUUCGUCUCCAUGAUCAGCAUAUGGAACUUCCUCGGACGAAUUGGAGGAGGCUAUGUGUCUGAGGUUAUCGUCAGGGAUCGCGCGUACCCGAGGCCUGCGGCACUGGCAGUAGCUCAAGUCUUAAUGGCAGUAGGCCAUCUUUGCUUUGCGCUGGCUUGGCCGGGGGCGAUGCACGUCGGGACGCUGCUCAUCGGGCUCGGAUACGGCGCUCACUGGUCGAUCGUGCCGGCUGCGGCCUCGGAGCUUUUUGGUCUGAAGAACUUCGGAGCACUGUACAACUUUCUGACGGUGGCAAAUCCAGCUGGUUCGCUGGUGUUCUCCGGCGUCAUCGUCAGUGGCAUGUACGACUACGAAGCAUCAAGACAGGCUCGCAUGCACCACAACUCGGCUUCGCCGCUCACCGGAGCAAGUCUGGGCGAGGAGAAGGCACUCGAGUGCGACGGAACUGCGUGCUUCUUUCUUUCUUCCCUGUUGAUGUCAGGAUUCUGCGUUGUUGCAGUUAUCUUCAGCAGCAUUUUGGUUUACAGGACCAAAGUCGUGUAUGCCCACCUCUAUGGAAAUCGCGAGUCAACACUGUGAU